CGCCCGCCAUGGCUGAUAAAAUGGACAUGUCUUUGGACGACAUCAUUAAGCUGAACCGGAGCCAGCGAGGCGGCCGCGGCGGGGGUCGGGGCCGCGGCCGGGUCGGCUCCCAAGGGGGCCGCGGCGGCGGGGCGCAGGCGGCCGCGCGAGUGAAUCGAGGCGGCGGGCCCAUCCGGAAUCGGCCGACCAUCGCCCGCGGAGCGGCUGGUGGCGGCGGCAGAAACCGACCGGCGCCCUACAGCAGGCCAAAACAACUUCCUGACAAGUGGCAGCACGAUCUUUUCGACAGUGGCUUCGGGGGUGGUGCCGGUGUGGAGACCGGAGGCAAACUCCUUGUGUCAAAUCUGGAUUUUGGAGUGUCGGAUGCUGAUAUUCAGGAACUCUUUGCCGAGUUUGGAACGCUGAAGAAGGCAGCUGUGCACUACGAUCGCUCUGGCCGCAGUUUAGGAACGGCAGAUGUGCACUUUGAGCGGAAGGCAGAUGCCUUGAAGGCGAUGAAGCAGUACAAUGGUGUCCCUUUGGAUGGCCGUCCUAUGAACAUCCAGCUUGUUACAUCACAGAUUGAUACACAGCGGAGACCCACACAGAGUGUAAACAGAGGCGGCAUGACUAGAAACCGUGGUUCUGGAGGUUUUGGUGGUGGCACCCGGAGAGGCACCCGUGGAGGCACCCGGGGAAGAGGCAGAGGCACCGGCAGAAACUCAAAACAGCAGCUUUCUGCAGAAGAGCUGGAUGCCCAGCUGGAUGCCUAUAAUGCCAGAAUGGACACCAGUUAAACAGACCAGCAAAUCCAUGCGUGGAACAGGACCCAGACGUCUCAUCGUGCUUCCCUGGUUGGGGGUGGGUGGUGACUGGGGCUGUGUAGCCAAUGAUGGAUUUGUUUCUUUUAUGUUUUAAAAUAGGAUUUAAAAACUCAUGUAAAGGUUUUUUUUCUUUUCUUUUUCUUUUUUUUUUUUUUUUUUUUUUUUAAUUCUGAAACAGACCUGUUUUGUACCAAGUUAUUUUUGGGAUAAAUUUUACUGGUUGCUGUUGUGGAGAAGGUGGCGUUUUCACCUUUUCCAUAAUAAAAUAGAAAUGUGUGUA